AUGGAGCAAAGACAUUCUCAAAACCCCAAUUUUCCAGCGUCUAAGUCGCCGGAAAGUCAACAGAACCACCGCGUUGAACACCCUUUUUCCCCCAAAACCCAUCUACAAACCCCUUUAAAUGCAAACUUUCAAAACUCUGAUCAAGCAAUUGAAUCAGCCUUUUCCAGGCUAACCCUUUCCCGAUAUUUUCAAGCCCAACAUGAAACGCCGUCGUCUAUUAAUCUUCCUCCCAGAGAUGAUGGCUUGGAAGCCGCAAAGCCAGUUCCCUUUUCAGUGGGUUUUGGUGAAAAGCAAGAGAACAUUAGGGAGUUGCAGCAGGCUUUAUUUUGGGCUCCGGCUCAAAGUAAUUAUGGUGGUGUCAAUGGGCCUUUCAGUUUGGAAGUCCAACAGAAUCUCAAUGUGAGACCGGAGAUGAUGGGUAUGGGUAAAAGCAGAUAUCUUGAUAGAGUUGGAGUUGGAGUUGGAGUUGAUCCUCAGAGGUUGAUGGAAUAUCAAGGACAUGAUGUUUUCGAUACUUUCAGUAAUAAUCAUGAGUAUUCUUUCUUGCAUGGCAAGAAACCUUUUUUAGGAACCAGCCCCCAAUAUCCAAAUUUUCUGUCUUCAACUAACAAUUUCAUGAAUUUCAGUUCCAGGCCAAGUUUGUGCAAUAAUCAGCACUUGUACCAGUGGGAGGAACAAUUGAGUAUUGAACAUUUGAGAGGAAGAAUAGUUUCAUUGGCAAAAGAUCAAACCUGGAGUGGGAUUUUGAAGUUCAAAUUGGAAGAGGGGUUGACACUGCCUAGACUUGAGAUGGUUCUAUCAGAGGUGUUGGAAUUCUUGAGUGAUGUGAUAACAAAUCAGUUUGGAAGUCAAUUUUUGCAUAAGCUUUUCAUGUCGUGCAAUAUGGAACAGAGGACUAGGAUUAUUUUGAGACUAACUAGAAGUCCAUUUCAAUUUAUUAAUAUUUGUCUUAAUUCAUAUGGGGCAAAAGCUAUUCAAAAACUGUUGGAGAAGCUAAAUACCCCACAGCAAAUAUCACUCAUAGUGUCUUCUUUAAACCUAGGUGCUGUUGCCUUGGCUACUGAUACCAGUGGUCAGCUUGUUAUACAACACUGUGUUAAACAUUUACCUGCUGAAUAUAAUAAGAAUCUUCUCAAUGCAAUAGGAAAUAAUUGCUUUGUAAUUGCAACCAAUAAAAGUGGGUGUUGUGUGAUGCAAUCAUGUGUGGAACACUCGUGCGGGGAACUAAGAGAACGGUUAAUACGUAAUGUAGUAGCCAAUGCAGUCCACCUGGCCGAAGAUCCUUAUGGGAACUAUGUGGUGCAACACUUGCUGGGAAUAAAAAUUCCAGAAGUCACAACUGAUCUUGUGAGACAGUUUGAAGGGAAAUUCUUCUCUCUCUCCUUCAAUAAGUAUGCGAGUAACGUAGUGGAGAAAUUUUUGGAAACUUCAGGAGAAAACCAUUCCAGAAAAAUUAUCAGUGAGCUGAUUAGCAGUCCAAAUGUCUCUAUGCUUCUUGUGGAUCCUUUUGGAAACUUUGUUAUUCAGUCAGCAUUGUCAGAAGCAAAGGGGCAUGUUUUUGACGCUCUGCUGAAUUUAAUCCAAGCUAAUGUGUCAUCCAUGCGAAACAAUCUUUAUGGGAAAAAGAUCCUUAGUUGCCUUGAAAAGAAGAAGCUCUUGCUUGUGUAG